GUCAACAACAACGUUCGACACCCGAAAGAGCGAUUUUAUUCUAGCUGUGUCAUUUACAUGUACAACACUUAACGACAUUUUGCUAAACAAGGUUUUAUAUUAAACAGAAAUAAACACAUUUAAGACUUCCUCAGUAUUUAUCGACUAAAACGAACCCGUUUGUUUGUUCGGGGGGGACAUAAACGAAGAAGUAAGUGCGUGGGGGAUAAACCUCUCGCUUUAACUUCGUCCUGCCUCCUCUUGGCUAAUAGCUACAACAGACUGUUAGCUAGCGUCAAAGUGAAGCUAGUUAAACCCAACGGGACUGAAAAUGUGACACUGUUUUUAUACAAUACACUCUUUUAUAGAUAGUUAGCUCAUCGUGCUGAAAAUGUCGGUGUUUAGCUUCGCUGUUACACGAAAAUUUAGCGUGUCAGUACAAACCAUUCGACCUUUAUGUAGACUGUUGAACGGUGGACACUCAGGAAUAAACGUUCAGGAUUUCCACAGAAGAAGAAACAGCUGCUUACAGACGCGUCUGUUGAGCUCUGGACCACUGAACCCCAAGGUACCAGAGUUUCCGACAUGGGAGCCAGUACCAGAGGACCAACUGCCCCCGCGAGCCCAGAUCCCUGCAGACCUGGUGGACAAGCUGGAGAGACUGGCCUUGGUGGACUUCCGCACCAAACAGGGACUGGAGUGUCUGGAGAAAGCGAUACGAUUCGCAGACCAGCUUCAUGUUGUCGACACAUCUGGAGUUGAACCAAUGGAUUCAGUUCUGGAGGACAGGGCGUUAAUCCUGCGGGACGACGCAGUGACUGAAGGCGACUGUGCUGAAGAACUGCUGCAGCUCGCCAAAAACACAGUCGAAGAAUAUUUUGUGGCCCCACCAGGAAACAUUCCUCUGCCAAAGCAGGAGGAGAGGGCUGCGAUGCUGAAACACUCCGAGUUAUGAUGACUGUGAAUUCAUCUUUGAUAUUUAUUACUAAGUGUUAAUUUGGGAAGUUGUUGUUAAAAAAUAAAAAAAACUUGCUGGUCAUCGAUCUGGAUUGUUUUUUCCAGUUUCAUUGAUCUAAUUUUUA